AACGUGGGCUAUUGUGACUUCGCGAUAAAUUAGAAGAGGGUCGCUGGCCCUGUCUGUUAAUCUGCCACUUUGAGCUUUGAAACCGAUCGGAUGGAGGCGGAUCAUCUGGAUGUUGUCGGAAACACAGACAUUCGCACGCCCCUUCGUUUCCUGAGGCUGAAGGCUGCAUUUCAGUAGAAACGAAACUCUGAUCACAGCAGCGUGAAGUGCACGGGAUCGAACCGAAUUGUUGGGAGCUCUGGCAUCGGAGAAAGGAGGAAAAAAAUGGACACGGAGAGACUGCUUGGCAGGGAAAGCAAUGCAGAGGAAGACAGUGGCUAUAUAUGUGGAGCAGGUGCUCAUGUCGUAAAUGCAGAAAUGUCAGCAUCUGACAUGCAUGAUAAAGGAGCUCCAUCAGCACCACCUCUAAAUAUGAUGGAUGUAAUCCCAGGAUAUGAAUCAACUGGCACUUUUGAUGAUCUCCCACCCCCACAGCCUGGAUUUGCAGUCCCUGGACAAAAUCCGAAUCAGCCUGUGCCACACUGGACCAUUCCAUCUAUCAGUGAAGAUGUUGCCAAAGAAGUUUUCAUCGACUAUGCAUCUAGCAAGUGCUGUUACGGCACCCGGCCAGCCAAAGAACUUGUGUUUACAGACCUACAACCUUACAACACAUUCAGAUAUCGCCUUGAGACAUUCACUGAAUCAAGAUCAACAGAAUGGGCGCAUGAACCGUACAGAGGUCAGAUUGCAGAUGCUUUUGGUGCACCUUCACCUGCCCCUUGGACCAUAGUUGUUCAGGUUCCGGAAUUGUUUAAGGAUAACAAAACAGAUGUUCGAGUUCCUCACACAUCCUCAGUUAAGGGAUGUCACACCUGUUUGCAGCUUGGGAGAACAGCUUGCAGAGAGUGCAUUAAUACUGGAAGGAGGUGUUGCUGGGUGUGCAAUGGUUCUCGCGUCACCAGUUCCAGUUCGAGAUGUACGCACUGUCGUGGGAUGGGGCAUGUGUGUUGCUCAGCCUGUUCUGGUUAUGGCUUUAAGACAUGCAACACCUGUGCAGGCAAAGGACAGUUGCUUUGCUACAUUAAACUCAAAGUUAGAUGGAAAAACAAUGUUUUUGAGUUUGUGGCUGAUAAGCAGUCUGGAUUGCCAGUUAAACAAAUCACUAAUGUUACAGGGGAGAAGAUUUACAUAGAUGUCCAUAAUAUCGUGUAUCCAGUAGUUGGUUUUCCUGAUGAUUCGAUUAAUCAAGCUUCAAAAAAGGCACUUCGGGAUCAUCAGGUUCUUUUUGCUCCUACAUGUCGAAUUCUGCAACAGAGACAAACCAUUGAACUGAUUCCAGUCACCCGUGUCCAUUACAGAUGGAAAGAAAAAACUUACAUCUACUUUGUUUUUGGUGCUGAACAUCAAGUGUAUUUAGAAGACUAUCCUGCAAAAUGUUGCUGUUGUGUAAUUUUGUGAAUUGCCUUUUAUUUGGAAGAUUUAUUUUCAGUAUAUUUUAACUUCACAAGUAAUUUUUUUCUUACUCCUACUGACUAAGGGUAAG